GUGGCCGCUAACCCGGAAGAGGUCGCGUAACGGGAGUCUGGGGGCGGUGGGGCUGCGGCGCGAGGAUGAACGCCCCUCCUGCCUUCGAGUCGUUCUUGCUCUUCGAGGGCGAGAAGAAGAUCACCAUUAACAAGGACACCAAGGUACCCAAUGCUUGUUUAUUCACCAUCAACAAAGAAGACCACACGCUGGGAAACAUCAUUAAAUCGCAGCUGUUGAAGGACCCACAGGUGCUGUUUGCUGGUUACAAAGUCCCCCACCCCUUGGAGCACAAAAUCAUCAUCCGCGUGCAGACCACCCCGGACUACAGCCCCCAGGAGGCCUUCACCAAUGCCAUCACAGACCUCAUCAGCGAGCUCUCCCUGCUGGAAGAGCGGUUCCGGGUGGCCAUCAAAGAUAAGCAAGAAGGAAUUGAGUAGCAGCGUGGAAGGCGUCUUGCUUCGCUGUUUCUGACCCUGCACUGGACCUUUCUGUAGGCACCAACUGGAGGACAGCAGCCUCUCCCAGCUGUGGGUCUCCUUGUAGAUAUCCCAACAAGCCCCUCACCCGACACCCAUGUGUCCUGUACAUAGAUGUUUUUUCUAAUAAAGUGUGGCAGAAACCACUGUCUGUGUGGUUGUCAGG